GUCUUCCUGAGCCCACAUGACGCGUCAUGGCAAGAACUGCACCGCGGGGGCUGUCUACACCUACCACGAGAAGAAAAAAGACACAGCUGCCUCCGGCUACGGGACCCAGAACGUCCGUCUCAGCAAGGAUGCCAUUAAGGACUUUGACUGCUGCUGCCUCUCCCUGCAGCCCUGCAAGGAUCCCGUUGUGACCCUUGAUGGAUACUUAUAUGAGAAAGAAGCCAUCCUGGAGUAUAUCCUGCACCAGAAAAAGGAGAUUGCCCGGCAGAUGAAGGCUUAUGAAAAGCAGAAGAACGAGAAGAAGGCGGAGAUGGUGGAGCUGAGCAAGGCUGCCAAAGAGUCCAAGGUGAAGAGUUUCCUGGACAAAGAGCUGAGCAUUGUGAGCAAGCCCCUCAACCCCUUUGACCGCAAGGAAGGGGACUCCCAGCCUGGGCCCAGCAAUGAAGACAAAGCCAAGCAGUUGCCCAGUUUUUGGAUCCCUUCGCUGACCCCGGAAGCCAAGACCAAAGUGAUUCAAAAGCCAGACAAGUGUGUUUAUUGUCCCAUGAGCGGGAGACCCCUGAAGCUGAAGGAUCUGAUCCCGGUGCACUUCACCCCCGUGGACCCCGGCGUGGAUCGCGUCGGGCUGAUCAACCGGCAGGACCGCUACGUGUGCGCCGUCACGCGGGACAUGCUCGGCAACUCCGUCCCUUGCGCUGUGCUCCGACCUUCGGGCUCUGUGGUGACUCUGGAGUGUGUGGAGAAACUCAUCAAGAAGGACAUGGUUGAUCCAGUGAAUGGAGAGAAGCUAACAGACAAAGACAUCAUUGUCCUACAGCGGGGUGGCACCGGCUUUUCAGGGUCUGGCGUGGGGCUGGAGGCCAAGAAGUCGCGCCCUGUUAUGCAAGCUUAACAUGCC